AUGGUCGAAGGCACGCACUCGAUAAAUAAAAACACGACUACGACUCGUCCCGUCCUACACUACGUUCGCGGCCCGCGCCAGUGCAGUUUACGUCACCGCAUCCCGCUCCCGACUGGCUGUACGCGACGCGAGCGAACGACGACCUCGCGCUGCAGCGUGCACCACCCCGCGCCGCGCGCCCCCCGCGCCCUGCAGAGCCCCCCGCGCGGGCCCUACCGCUCACGUGCCCCGCGCUCGUCCUACGGCCCGCGUCCGGUGAAUCACGAACACACUAUCGAGUAUCGCGCCCCGGCCGAUAUCUAUACGACAUCCUUUCUG